AUGGUUCUUUUAAUUCCACCUGAACAAUUUGGAAUUGUAGAAAAGGGAAUAUAUCGUUCUGAUAUGUUGCAUCCCUCACACUUUCCAUUUAUUAAAUCAUUAAAUAUAAAAAUCAUUCUCGUGCUGUCUCCAGAAGUUCCCGCACGCUCAAUAAUGGGUUUUAUAGAAGAAAAUAAAAUAAAAUUAAUUCAUUUAGGCACAAGAGUUUGGAAACCAAUUCUUAGUUGGAGACCGGUCAGCGAAGAAUUAAUUAAAGAUGGAUUGGAAUUAAUUCUAGAUGUUAAAAAUUACCCAAUACUUGUCCUUUGCACUUAUGCAGGAAAUAAAUCUCGUUAUGUGAAUGAACAAUUUAUAGAAUUAUUUGAUAUGGAUCUCAUUACUUUACCAAAAGACUUACCUUCAUGGUUUAUAGAGCAAAAAAAAUUAUGGGAAGAAGAAGAAGAAGAAUUAAAUAAGCAAUAUAAUAAGAAAGUUUAA